AUGGAAUCAAAGUCAGCCAUUUAUGCCCCAGUUCCGGCACUCCCAAAUGUUCAAGAAAUGGUGAGGAACGACCCUUUUCAGGUACCGGAAAAAUACAUCAGGAAUGAAACAGACCUUAUAAACGAUGCAGUUCUGAGUCCUCAUCUUUCUUCUGAGGUUCCCACCAUUGAUCUCUCCCUGCUCUUAAAAGGGCACGAAGAGGAGCUCGACAAGCUGGACCAGGCUUGCAAGGAAUGGGGUUUCUUUCAGGUGGUGAAUCAUGGAGUGGCAACAGAAGUAACCAAGGGCUUGAAGGAUGCGGCGGAGAAGUUCUUUGAGCUUCCAUUGGAAGAGAAGGACAGAAUUGCAAUCCCGCCGAAUGACAUACAAGGUUAUGGUCAUACUCAAGUGGAUCACAAGGUGCUCGACUGGUCCGACAAACUUGUUCUUCUCGUAUACCCACACCAGUACAGAAAGCUCGACGUUUGGCCGCCAACUCCAUUCAAGGAGGCUAUUGAGACAUAUUCAAGUGAAGUUAGAAGAGUGGCAGAGGAUCUUCUCAGGUCUCUAUCUGUAAUCAUGGGGAUGAAGAAGAGUGCUCUUCUCGAACUACAUCAAGAGUUGGUCCAACCUCUGUCUGUGGCGUACUAUCCUCAGUGCUCAAUGCCUGACAAAGUACUUGGUCUAAGUGCACACUCAGACAAAGGGAGCUUAGCCAUAGUUAUGCAGCAGGAAGACGAUGUAAUGGGACUACAAAUCAAACACGAUGGACAAUGGGUACCAGUCAAGCCACCUCACAAUGCCUUUGUUGUCAAUGUUGGAGAUAUUGUUGAGAUAUGGAGUAAUGGGAGGUAUAAGAGCAUUGAGCACAGAGUUGUAACAAACGAAAGCAAGGCGAGGAUCUCUUAUUCAACAUUCUUUUUACCCCAUCAAAAUGCUGAAAUUGAACCCCUUGAUCAAAUGGUGUUCCAGUCACUCGGUUCCCUUCCGUUGUACAAGAAAGUUACCUAUGGGGAGUAUUUAAGGGAAACCAAGAGAAUGAAAUCUGAAGGGAAGACACAUGUCAUAGAAGUUGCCAUGCUCGAAAGUUAGAGCAGCAGCAGCUAGCUAGCUACAGCAGAGGACAAUAGAUAGAUUAAAGAUCUAAAUAAAGUCUUAAUCAUGACUUGACUGAACAGGACAAGCAUGGUGAUAAUAAGUUAAAAGUUUUACAUUUUACUGCUUGAUUUACUGGCCCAUAUGAAUCCUUAAGUUGCCAAAGCCAAAAUACAGGAAUUAAGCAAUGGUGUUAUCUAUUUCUUUGUCUUGAAUGAAACAAAGCUUUCUGCUAUAUUGUAAUGGAAAUAAGCUUUCUGUUAUCUAUCUCAA